AAGUGUUGAUUGUCUGACAGGACUGAGAGAAGCUAAGCUAGGCUAAUCGAGUGUAGUAUAGUGUGAUAAUGUGAGAGAGAUCCGCUAACACAGCGCACUUCCGGUUGUGUGUGUCUGCUGCUUGAACCGCGAGCUGCUUCGGGAGAAGUGUUACACUGAUGGCCGAUAACGCUGAGGGCUUUGACCGGGCUCCUGGUGCGGGGCGGAGCCGGGGGCAGGUGAGAGGGUCCGGGCAGGGGGACGGCGGGAGGCCCCGGGAGCCUGAACUCGCCGACGGAGAGGCGCUUUUUAACCGCUGUCAACCUCUCAGACAACCGCGGACUCCUCCUGUAGCUCCGCCGGAGUGUCCCGUAGGAGACAGCAGCAGUGUGUCCUCCCCGUCCUCCAGCUCGUCUCUCAGCAGUGCAGCAGCUGUUAAACCUCGUCCUGAUCAGAGUGCAGUGUUUCAGUCCAGACUGUCAGCACACGCCCCCGAGUUCAUCCCCUCUUCAUCCUCCUCCUCUUCCUCCUACACACCUGUCCAGGAUGUUGUGUAUGAGGAAGAUGAUUAUUAUGAAGAUCUCUACCCAGAGUUCUCUCUGGCGGACCUGGUACAGGACAUCCUCAGCCACCUGAACUCGUCCCCUGGUUCCUUCGAGACGGACAUCGGGAACAUCACGUCCACACUGAACAUCUGGGUCACCACGCAGGAGACGCUGCACGAGCUGGUGGAGCUGAUCUUCACACAGUCGACUUCGAUGCCCAACUUCUCCUACACUGGAGCUCGACUCUGCAACUUCCUCUCUCAUCAUCUCACACUGAGUCCAUCCAGCGGAAACUUCCGCCAGCUUCUACUCCAACGGUGUCGGACGGAGUUUAAUAAGAGACAGGAGGCCCUGAUGGCUGAUGAGGAAACUCAGAAGAAGUUUCACACAUAUGUUCUGUUUCUGGGAGAACUCUACCUGAACCUCGAGGUGAAGAGUGUGAAGGGCACCAUGUCUCGGGCUGAGAUCCUCCUCACUGCACUGAAGGACCUGAUGGACACACUGUUCUCUCUGCCCAAAGACAGAAACCUCAUCUGUGCCGUCAAGCUGCUGAAGCUUACAGGUUCAGUUCUGGAGGACGCGUGGAAGCAGAGUGGAAAAUCCCACAUGGACGAGCUGAUCCGCAAAAUCGAGGGCAUCUUACUGGAUGCUCAGUGCAGCCGUGAUGUGAGACAGAUGUUGUUGAAGCUGGUGGAGUUGAGAUCCAGUAACUGGGGCAGAGUUCAUGCAGCAGCAGCGUACAGUGAGGCCACACCUGACAACGACCCCAAUUACUACAUGAAUGAACCCACUUUCUACACUGCAGAUGGAACCCCAUUCACAGCUGCUGACCCAGAAUACUCAGAGAAAUAUCAGGAGAUUUUGGAGCGAGAGGAUUAUUUCCCAGAAUUCUACGAAGAGAACGGAAAUGACGUGCUCUCCGCUGAGGAGGAUGAGAUGGAGCCGGAGAUUGAGGAGGCGUUUGAGAAGUUCUGUCUGGAGACUGAGAGACAGAAACCCUAAGAAGAGUCACUGCUCAGUAUUGUCUCCAUCAGUCUCACCGUGUUCUCCUUUAUUUUACUGUAGAUCAUCACACACACACACACACACACACACACACACACAGCUCAGGCUCUCAGGUCUCAGCUAAUACAGGGUGUGUGUGCUGGGGAUCAGGGGUCGUUUGUGUGUGUGUGUGUGUGUGUGUGUGUGUGUGUGUGUGUGUGUGUAUAAUGAGGUUUUAUUUCUGGAGUGUUUGAUGUUCAGGCUGCAGCUUUGAUAAAAAAAAAAAGAGCAGAUUUUCAGUGUUGAUAUUUUUUCUGGUUUAUUCAGAAGCUUUUUAAGAGUUUACUGAUUUUGAGAACUUUCAGAUUCCAGAGUCAGUACACACACACACACACACACACACACACACACACACACACACACAGAGGAAUGUUUAUUUUAUUAGAGUAUUGUAAAUAUUAUUACUGCAUCUUUGGCCUGCAAUAAAUCUUUAUAAGAGCUCUGA